CGCCGGGGCCACAGGAGCCGGAUUGGUGCUGAUCGAUUCGUGCCCGUACUCCAGUUACACCGAUCAACCGACGUUAACGCACUCGUUAUCGGUCAGAGUCGGAGAGUGUGAACAUGAGGGAAGAUGUGCGGAUACUGCUGGUGGGAGAACCUAAAGUUGGCAAAACAUCGCUGAUCAUGUCCCUGGUAAGCGAGGAGUUUCCUGAGGAGGUGCCAGCACGUGCAGAGGAGAUCACCAUUCCUGCAGACGUCACUCCAGAGAGAAUUCCCACUCACAUCAUUGACUACUCUGCAUCAGAGCAGACAGACGACGAGCUCCAAGAUGAGAUUAAUCGGGCAAAUGUGGUUUGCGUUGUGUAUGAUGUAAAUAAAGAAAGCACCAUCGAAAAGAUCCAGAGUAAAUGGAUUCCUUUGGUAAAUGGCAGCACUGAAAAGGGCAACAGAAUUCCAGUGAUCCUGGUGGGUAACAAAUCAGACCUGCAAGGAGCCAGCUCCAUGGAAACAAUUCUACCUAUCAUGAACCAGUUUAUGGAAAUUGAGACCUGUGUGGAGUGUUCUGCUAAAAAUCUGAAGAAUAUUUCAGAGCUGUUCUUCUAUGCACAGAAGGCUGUCCUGCACCCAACCGCACCCCUAUAUAACCCGGAAGAUAAACAGCUGAAACCUUCGUGUGUUCAAGCCCUGACUCGGAUCUUCAACAUCUCUGACCUGGACAAUGAUCGGAUUCUCAAUGACACGGAGAUGAACUUUUUUCAGAAAUACUGUUUCAGGAACCCCUUAUCUCCACAAGCUUUAGAAGAUGUUAAAACUGUGGUCUGGAAAAACACACCUGAUGGAAUCCUGGAUGAUGGGCUGACUUUAAGUGGUUUCCUUUUCUUGAACAUGUUGUUUAUCCAGCGCGGAAGACACGAAACCACAUGGACCGUUCUACGAAAGUUCGGCUACGAUGAUAACUUGGAGCUGACAGAUGAUUACCUUCAUCCUCCAUUGCGAGUUCCUUACAAUUGUACAACUGAGUUGAAUCACUGCACCUACAUGUUCCUGCAGCAAAUCUUUGAAAAGUAUGAUGCAGAUAAUGAUAACGUUUUGUCUCCAAUUGAAUUGAAGAAUUUAUUCACUGUAUUUCCCUACUUCCCCUGGGGCCCAGAGGUCUUUAACACAGUGUGCACAGAUGAGAGGGGCUGGAUCACUCUUCAUGGCUAUCUGUGUCACUGGACGUUCACAGCCUACCUGGAUGUCCAUCGCUGCAUAGAGUAUUUGGGAUACCUGGGUUACACCACCAUCAUGGAGCAAGAAUCCCAGACAGCAGCCAUCACAGUCACUCGGAGUAAGAAGCUGGACCUGGAGAAAGGACAGACUCAGAGGAAUGUGUUUCUGUGUAAAGUAAUCGGACCAAAGGGCACUGGGAAAACGGCGUUCUUGCAGGCCUUCCUGGGACGGAGUUUGAAGAUGCAGAGUGAGAUGGGCAGAGAUGUCUCUGACUUCACAAUCAACACUGUGCAAGUCAACAACCAGGACAAGUAUUUAAUACUGCAUGAGGUGGAUGUUGAUACCGAGUUCCUGAAAGCCUCCAGUGCCGCUUGUGAUGUUGCCUGUUUGAUGUAUGAUAUCACUGAUGCCAAAUCCUUCAACUACUGUGCCAGUAUUUACAAGGAACACUACAUGGAGAGCAGAAUCCCUUGCAUCUUUGUCGCAUCAAAGGCUGAUUUGCCCGAACAAAAGCAGGAACAUGGGAUCACGCCUGUAGAAUUCUGCUACAAACACAGACUCCCAGCCCCAUUUCAUUUCAGCUGCAACAGCGACGAAGCAACAAACUCACAGAUCUACUCCCGGCUCGCGCUUGCCGCAGCAUUCCCUGACCUGAAUGAUGCAGAGCUCAGCAUCACAUCCUUCUGGCUAAGAAUCACAUUUGGAGCCACCAUUGUUGCCUUCUUGGGACUCGGCAUCUAUAAAGCACUGGCCAGGCAGAAAUAGCAGGAGACAGCUGGUCAGCACAAAGUGAACGGUGUCCUAGAGGUGGAGCUCAACAGUGUUGGGGGAGUGAGCACUGAUUUGCCAUCCUGUGGGAUUUUACUCACAGCUAUAUUUGGGAUUUGGGUCGGGGUACAGGGAGGAGAAGCAAUCAGCUUUAAUGUUGAAAGAACUGAAUAAGGAGCUCGUGCCCAAGUAUUUUGACAAGACAUGUAGGAAUGGGCUUUUCUCUCUAUAACUGUUAAAGUACCUACUGGACAGGAGACUUGACCAGUCUGAGCUGUGCAAAGUUGCUUAACUUAUUCCAACUACCCCGUUGGCAGCUACUACCAAUGUGUGUUUAGCUCUGCACCUUCUCAUCUCGAUAUUUGGUCAACAUAUCCUGUCCUUUUGCUACCUCCUGGUUCUUCGGGGCUUAUUGUUCCUCUACUCCACUAAGCAGCUUAUCAUGUUCACCAGCAAAGCCCUGGUUAAACUGCAAGUGGCACAUUUUCCUGGCGACAAAUUUUAGUGUCAGCCUCUUACAACAUGCUACUUGAUUGUAAAGUAAAACCCCUCUGUUCUGUGGAAUAAUCGGGUGAGCAAAAACCAGGGUACAUCAGUAAAGAUACGAGAAACAGUUUCUCACAAUAUUUUUAUACCAGAGUUUGCAACUCGAUGCACUGAUGUAUUUUUUCAUAUAAGGAAAAGAAUACCCCAGAGUAUUUCAUCGUACUUUUAGAAAUUAUUGGUGCAGAGACCAUAACCUCCUAUCAUCUCUGCAGGCUCUGGCUGAGUAAAGUAACGGAAAUUUGGAUUCUACAAAGGCCUGUGCUUUGUCGGUGUAGUCUAGUUAGUGCCUCUCUCUUUGUAGAAGAGAGGGUACAAGUAUACCCAUAGCAACCUGCUUCUGAAACUGCACCAAAUAUCUUUACAAUUUUGAUUCUCAUGAUCUCUGUAAAAUCUCACCUUUGGAUAAACAGGUACAAGGUUAUAUCACAAACUCACCCAUCAGGGAAAUGAUGCACUUAAUGUAUAAUUGCCUGCAGUGUUUAACUACACAACAACAGUAACUACACUUCAAAAAAAAAGUAACUUAUUGAAUAUUAUCUGCCUUGACAUGUCCUGAGCAUGCAGCUCUUUCUUUAAUCACUUGUUUUCAAUAGUUCUAAGUGGCCUUUCCUGAACUUGAUGAAGAUUCAAAUCUCACUUACAUUAACAUGUCCUUAAUUGUUGAUUUUUCCAAGUUCCUCACUCCCUGUGUUGAAAUCCUAAUCAUAAUUCCUGUUUUGGGACAUGAUGUUAGGAACAGGAGGAGGCCAUUCAUCCCCUCCAGCCUGUUCCACCAUUCAGUCAGCUCAUGGCUGAUCUGUAUCUCAAAUUCAUUUACCCACCUUUAGCUCUGAAAUCACUUGGCUUUGUAUUUUUGCCAUUAUGUGACUGGUGGAGGUGACACGCCCAGUGUCCUUAUCAUCAUUGGUCACAGGCCUGUCUCAUCAGCUUUGAGAUCCAAUGCACUGGAUCAUAUUUGUAGUGUGAGUUAAUGAUAGAGUUCCUUUUGGUAAAAAGUAGUAUUUUUUUUAAAUGCAGUGUUCCAUAUUUAACUGUCCUAUGAUGUACAUUUUUGAUUAAAAGCGUACUAAUAUAAAAUAGUCAUAAACGUGAUACGCAGAGAGAGUAUUUCUGGGACUUAAAAUCCACUCCCAUCCCUCAUCCAUUCUCUGUCUUCCUACUAACCUUUAAAGGGCAGAGUGGCUAUUAGCUCACCAGCUCUGUGAAGCCUUGUGCCUAACCUUGUAAAGUGUUUAAUGUUUGAGCUUAUAACAUGAGGAAUAUGAAUGCUGGUGAAUGGGACACAUUCCCAUUUCAAGUGCUUUCUAUCAGAGAAUAAGAAAUUGGUGCUGGAGUAAACCAUUUAGUCCCUUGAGCCCCCUAAACCAUUCCACAUGAUAAUGGCUGAUCUUUACCUCAGUUCCACUUUUGGUCCCUAUCCCCAUCCCCAUAUUUCUUGAUUCCCUUAGUGCCCAAAACUCUAUCAAUCUCAGUCUUGAAUAUGAUCAUCGACUGAACAUGUUCUAGGGUAGAGAAUUCCAAAGAUUCACAGCCCUUUGAGUGAAGAAAUGUUUGCUCAUCUCAGUCCUAAAUACCAGCUCCUUAUUCUGAGUCUGACCCUUAGUUCUAGACUCUCUUAGCAUCUUCUAUGUCAAACCAUCUAUUCUGUGCUACCGACGUGCCUUAGCCCCAACAUGGAAAACACAACCUUUCAAUUUCCAUUUCUGGUGCAGCAGCUGUCAAUUGGAGUCACUGCCUCAGCCAAGAACAGCCCUGACAAUUGAUUAAAAGUGACAUUUCCUUUGUAUUGUGAGAAAUAAUGAGCAGCUCUUGUACAUUUGCUCAUUUAAUGCCUGGUGUCAUCCUACCAACCUCUUGCAGUUUGUUUGCGGCACCAAAAAUAUCCUGGGACGUCGCAGUUAGGUUCCAGUGCUAUAGCUCCAGAAGGGCAUCACUUGAACAGCAUCAAGAUGUUAUUGUGCUGACAUCAUCUAGUUAUAGCCCAUGCAGAGCAUAAACACCAGCGUAGACCAGUUUAGCUGAAUGUUCUGGUUCAAUGUUGUAAAUUCUAUAUCCCUAAGGGAUAUUUACCAGCUUGAAUUUCUUUGCUGGCAAGAAAUUAAAUUGGGUCCAAGGGUUUCAAUACAAGACAGGACUGUUGAUACUGGAGGAGAAGCUAUCACUCCGCUUUGUUUAAAUAGAAUAAGAUGUGACUUCACGCUUGCUCAGGUGAUGGAAAAUAUAGCUCCUGUAAAGCAGUUGAACUCUCAUGCAGAAUAGCAUUGCAUUUGUUCCAAUACCCAAACUCGUUCAAGAAUGUACCUGAAUGGCGGAUCACUCUUAGGUCUGUUCUAUUCCUCAUUUGUAUUCCAAUGGCAUUUAGGUGUCAGUUUUGAAAAGGGAUUGUUGUUUUUGUUGGACAUGAUUAAAUUUAGCAGAACAGACCCUGAGAACACGGUCUAAAAUAUACAAAUUCUCAUUACCUUUGCACUCUUCUAUCUACAAAGCGGAGUGAGAUUGCAUGAUCCAGCACAACAGGAAACUAUUCAGCUCAUCGUGUCUGUUCCAGCUCUUAAAACCAUCCUCCUACUCCCUUGCUGUUUCCCAACAGCCCUGAAAAUUUCUCCUUUUCCUGUGCUUUCUGCUUUGAUUUUUGUAUUUUUAAAUGGUAAAUUUAUUUCUGCUUCUUCCUCCCACUAGUUAUUUUUACCACUUUUUCUCUGGAUCCAAAGCAUCCAAUAAUUUGGCAGGAGUAUAUUCAAACCGGGUAACUGUGUCUCCAAGCUCCAUUGCUGCUCUGACUCAGUUGGCUGGAAUUAUUGAGAAUUGCUUCCAAAUGACUCCUCCUUCACUGCCACUCCACAUUGCUGCACCUAAGAUCAGGAACACAAUGUGAUGAACCACAAGCAUUCCUUUGGACCGUGCCAUUUGUCUGUCUGAUUUGCUGCUCUCAAGGGGAAGGAUGGAUUGUGAGUGCUUUCUGCUGUGCAGCUUAAAAAAAAAUUGUCUUGAUUGCAGUGCCAGCUGUUUUCUCCCAUUCCCCAAACUACAGUCGUGGGCAUAACAACAGUAGAAUCAUCCAGAGUGAGCGUCUAGCUCAAAGGAGCUAAGAGCUAACACUCCCAAAAGGCCAAGCCCUCCCAACUCUUUUUUUGCCAGUUUCCCAGUCGUUUAAUCCUGUUCAGUCCAUGUGAAAUGUAUGUUUGCAUGUCAGCCUGUUAUGUCAAUGUACGCAUUGGGUUUUGUCUCGAGCUCCUGUUUGGCCAUUGCAUGACCCAUCAUUGAAUGGUUCUGACCAAUAUCAGCAGCUAAGGAGAUUUUGAUGCGGCCCCUUUCAUUUGUAGGUGCCUUUUGCAUCCCUAUUGAAUUUGGUCUGCAUUCUCCCCUUCUCUCCUGGUACCAGUUGUCCUCAGGUGCCUUGGUCAAGUGAUCUUUAGUCACAUGUGGGUCUUGAUAGUGAGGGUAGCAGACUAUUUAACCCCAGUGGGAAAGCUGCAGGUAUGACAGGUUUCCUGAUCAAUAUGCUGGAGUCUCUUUCCCCACCUUACUCAUUGUCAGAGGCCAAUUACUGGUCCCUAGUUGCUUUCCCCACCUAACAUCAGUUACCUCAACAGGGGCCAGAGAUUGAACCUGACACCUUCCCAGUCGCUGCAACUCACCAAGCUAUCCGGAUUUGCAAGUUUUCUAAUUUGAUUGCAGCCACCCAUUGCGUACAUUGUGCUGCAGUUUUCAGUUUAUAAAGAAGGAAAAGAGGGCAGAAUAAGACCUAAUUUGAAAAGGCAACAGACAGAGGUAAACCAUUAAUCACAUCUUCAGAUCGUUGUGCUUGUUAACUGUGGAACUGGAAUUUACUUUGCUCCUGUUUGUCUAAAAAUUGUCUUGUAGUAAAAUUCUUUGAGUCAGUAAACAGAAAUUGUUCUAUUCUUGUGAAUUUUAAAUGAGAAAGUCUGUACCUUUCCUUUAAUGAAAAGAUAAAUAUAUUUUCAGAUUUUGCAUUUGA